UUUUUCUUUAUCCAGGGUGCUGCUGGAGGGCGUUCACUUGGAUCCAUGGCUGCGUUCAGGUUUGAGUUACUGCUGGCGGUAGUCUACCUGAUUGGGACGCUACUGCUGGCGUCAGCCCGGGGAUGGCAACCGAUCGACGAAACUCAGCUCCUUAAUAUGUACGCGACGGGAGGGUGGGUUAAACCAGACAUCGUUUCAGGUGACAGUCACCUUGAUGACCGUGACGAAGGGAUUCCUGAAUAUGCGCUUCCUGAAACUGAAGGUGGUGCCAGCAGCAAUCCUUUUGCUAACCAUGGAUUCCAGGAGGCCGCAGACUCCAGUCAAAGUAACUGGGCCAGUGGUUCUGGUUCUUCUGGGGUGGAAUUUGUAGACAGUGGAUUUGAGUUGGAAUUUGAAGAUGCCCCUCCAAGGAGCUGGACCAGUGCUACAGACAGCAGAUUCGAGGUGGACUUUGAAGAUACCCCUCCAAGUAGCUGGACCAGUGGUACAGACGGUGGAUUUGAGGUGGACUUUGAAGAUGCCCCUCCAAGGAGCUGGACCAGCAGUAUAGACGACGGAUUCGAGGUGGAAUUUGAAGAUGCCCCUCCAAGGAGCUGGACCAGCAGCACCAGUCGGAGCUCUUCUGAACUAGAUGUGGUGUGCAGUGACUUUGGCUUCCAAAUUACUCUGCCAAGUGGUCCAUUAAGUGAGGUUAAGAUUUUGGGGUCAAAUGAGCUGCUGUCUGUCACAGAUGCUCCAGCAUCUUGUGGGUAUAAAGUUAACUCUUUGAAGAACACACUGACCGUACCUUUUACUGGGUGCCAUGUGAAACCUGGGGGUGGCUGUUAUGCUAACAGCUACAGUGUGCAGCUGUUGUACGUUGAUGAUUUUGAUCAGACACAAGUUGCUACCGCAUCUUGUGAGGGAGGGAAAGGGAAGUUUAACCGUGGCCUGCUCCCUCGUGCCCAACCCGCUUUCAAGUGCAGUCCAACCCCACCACCAACCCCAUCAAAGGCACAAAAUUGUGCUGUAACUGCUGGGGAGCGUGUGACUUGUGGUUCGUCGGGUAUCUCGUCCUCAGACUGUGAGAAGAUGGGAUGCUGUGUGGACUUGUCUACAUCUGCCUGCUACUUCCCACUCGAUGAGUGCACAGGCGAUCAUCACUUUGUUUUUGCUAUUCGUUACAACUCUGCAUCCAUCCCUGUGGACCCCACCAAGCUUGUUAUUCCUGGGAAUGCAAACUGUAAACCAGUCCUUGUAAAUGACAAGGUUGCCAUCUUUAAGUUCAAAAUUACAGAAUGUGGAACACGUGUUUAUGAUGUUGGUGAGACAAAGGUCUAUCUGGCUGAAGUGCAGACUAUUGUCAAAGCUCUGAACCUCAAGUAUGGUGUAAUUACAAGAAGCAGUCCACUCAGGUUCAUGGUUGAAUGCCGCUACAGCAAAACAGGUGCUGCUCAGCAGUCAAUGGCCACUGUUGGCGUCAUGGUUAAAACCCCAACUUCCAUCUUGCCAACAUCUGUCUCCUCUGCUGGAUUGUUUGCUGUUCAACUGAGAAUUGCUAAAGAUAACACCUACUCAAGCUACUUGCCCACUUACCAUCAGCCCUUGCGACUGCUCCUUGGCAAACCAGUUUAUCUUGAACUAAGGCUGAAGUCUCCAAAACCAGAUGCAGUAAUUCUUGUCAAUUACUGUUUAGCUUAUCCUCGUUCUGCAAAAAAUGCACUGGUGCUUAUCUAUGAAGGGUGUAGGAACCCAUAUGAGCCAAAUGUAUCCAUCCUUCAAGUGAGUGGCUCUCCCAAAAAUCGCCACCAGAGGCGCUUCAUGGUCACAGCCUUCCAGUUUAUGGAGCAAACAACAAACAAGUACCUUGAUGAAGAAAUCUAUUUCAUGUGCUCUGCAGAGGUUUGUAGGCCAACAGAAAAGACGUGUGAAGAACGGUGCUUUGAUGGAAAAGCACCAUAAGGACUUGCUGGAGACUUGAAGAUUAACUGCAAAUAAAUUCAGCAUUUUAUGAAA